AUGCCUGAUGGCUCAAAACAGCCAAAACUACUGACGACCCUCUAUGACAAAGAGCAUUAUAUUGUUCAUUACAGGGUUCUAAAACAAUAUUUGCAGCUGGGGUUGAAGCUCAAAAACGUGCACAAAGUGUUGGAGUUUCAGCAGUCUCCCUGGUUGAAGAGGUACAUAGACCUAAACACUGAAAUGAGGACCAAGGCAACCAAUGACUUUGAAAAAGACUUCUUCAAACUUAUGAACAACUCGGUCUUUGGCAAGACGAUGGAAAAUAUCAGGAAGCGGCUCGAUAUUAGGCUAGUAUGUGAUCCCCAGAAAACGGAGAAGCUGGUUGCUAAGCCCAACUUCAAGGGAAGGACCAUUUUCGACGAAAGAUUAGCCGCUGUGCAUAUGAACAAGACGAAAGUUAUCUUUAAUAAGCCAAUAUACGUCGGCAUGAGUAUAUUAGAUCUAUCGAAGCAUCUGAUGUACGACUUUCAUUAUAAUGUUAUGAAGCCUAAAUACGGGGGCGAUAUCAAGCUAUUGUACAUGGACACUGACAGUUACAUCUAUGACAUACAGACCGAGGAUUUUUAUAAGGAUAUGAAAGGAAUGAUUAACUGCUUUGAUACGUCGGAUUACCCAGAAAAUAACAAAUAUGAAAUGCCACAGGUAAAUAAAAAGGUUCUGGGAGAAAUGAAGGAUGAGCAUGCUGGAAAAAUUAUGGAAGAAUUCGUCGGAUUAAGAUCAAAAAUGUAUGCUUGUAAGACUGAAACAGACAUGGUAAAAAAGUCCAAAGGUGUUAAGAAAUGCGUAGUAAAAAAUAGGAUAUCUUUCGAGGACUAUAAAAACUGUUUGUUCUCACACCAACAACAGUACAGAACAAUGAAUCUCCUUAGAAGCAAGAAACACGAGAUCCAUUCAAUACAAGUGAACAAGAUAGCGCUGUCCGACAAGGACGACAAACGACAUAUCUUGGACGAUGGUAUCCAUACCUUGGCGCACGACCACUAUGCGAUACAAAAAUAA